AUGUUUCAGUAUACCGAUGUGGAUGUUCAGAAUCGCAAGAUCGCAUUGGUGAUGCAAGUUGUUGCCCUGUUGGCGUUGGCGUCGUACGGUAUAACUCGAGUGUGGGCGAUUGUCCUGGGAGCGCCACCCAUCCACUUCAGUGUCGUCCCUGUGGGCAACAUGCCAUAUGCAUGUUUAUGCUGCGUAUGGGGUGGCAAGGUGCAAAGGGCUAUGGGGUACAUCUUUUCUGGACAUCGUGAACCACAGUAUGUCGACGUGGUUCUCGAGGAGCACAACCCACCCUUGCAGUUCGAAGCUUCGGACUGUGCCUGUGCUGACUUCAGCCCAUGGGAGAGCUCAGCUACCGAGACUUACGCUCUCGCAAGCACCUGCAACAAUGGAGACAAUCUCAUCAUCCGCCUCCGUCCAGGCAAGGAGAGGGAGGAGACGGAGGAGUUCAACUGGGUGCAGCCGGGAGGUAGCACUGCCACCAUGCAGAAGAAGCAGGUUGGCUGGGACCACAUGUUCUUCCAAGAGGUUGCAGCUUACUUCAGCUUGCCGUACAUCCACCAUGAUGCGGCCACAGCAUGGCUACCUGGCGAGCAUUGGUCUCUAGAUCGGCCGGAGGUCACAACCGACACGAAUGCUCGGACAUGUGCCAUUGGCAUCAAAGGGCAGAAAGACACCAUGGUGCAAGAGCUGAAGCUGGGAGCACUUCCCCAGCUAUUCGACUUGCUGACCGGCGUCGGCGGCAUGAUCUCUGUGCUUGGCACCUUCCUUGGCUUGAUCUUCGUGAAGAAGCACAAGCAGCAUGCGAUUUCGAAGCUCUACGAUGAAAGGACCAUGCGGUUCAUCCGGAAGGAUCCGGAGACACUGAUGCAGGAAGGCAUUCCCACUGCAGGCCUCCCCAGUGAUAGCCCCACCACUUUUGGGAGGACACCGUGCGCGCCGCGAGAGUCUGAGUAG